AUGGCAGCCAUUCUCCUAAAGACCAGAGCCAAGGUGCCAGUAUCUUUUGAGGACGUGUCUGUGAACUUCAGCAAGUCAGAAUGGAAGCUUCUGGAUCUCAAUCAAAGGAUCCUCUACAAGCAAGUGAUGCUGGAGAACUACCGCCAUUUAGUGUCACUGGGAUUUUCAUCCUCCAAGCCCCACCUGGUCUCCCUGCUGGAGAAAGGGAAGUGGCCCUGGGUAGCAGACAGCCGGACAAGGGCUGCCGUAGGAACACAGGCAGGUUCCAGCAGUGAUGACCAUCACAGGGAGAAAGGCCACGGCAGCUCCUCUGGAGAGAGAAGAGAGCCGGUGCAGAGAAAGAACCACAGCGUCAGGCAGGAUUCAGUGCCAAGGCCACAGAGUUCCAAAGGUGCAGAGAAGCGCUUCCUGUGUCAACAGUGUGGGAAAUCCUUCAGCCGGAGCUCCAACCUCAUCAAACACCGCAUCAUCCAUAGCGGGGAGAAGCCCUACGAGUGCUCGGAGUGCGGGAAACUCUUCCGGCGCAGCUUCGCCCUCCUGGAGCACCAGCGCAUACACAGUGGCGAGAAGCCCUUUGAGUGCAACGAGUGCGGGAAGACCUUUACGCGCAGCUCCAACCUCAUCAAGCACCAAAUUAUCCACAGCGGGGAGAAGCCCUUCAAGUGCUCGGAGUGCGGGAAACUCUUCCGGCGCAGCUUCGCCCUCCUGGAGCAUGAACGCAUCCACAGUGGCGAGAGGCCCUACGAGUGCAAUGAAUGCGGAAAGUCCUUCAGCAGGAGCUCUAACCUCAUCGAGCACCAGCGGACCCACAGUGGCGAGAAGCCCUACAAGUGCAGCAAGUGUCCAAAAGCUUUCAAGGGCAUCUCUCAGCUCAUUCACCACCAGCGCAUCCACAGCAGGGACAAGUCAUUCCAGUGCAAGGAGUGUGGGAAGGCCUUCCGGGGUCGCUCGGGCCUCAGUCAGCAUCGCCGGGUGCACAGUGGAGAAAAGCCCUAUGAAUGCAGUGACUGUGGGAAGACCUUCGGCCGACGAUCCAACCUCUUCAAGCAUCAGGUGGUUCACAGGGAGGAGAGGCUCCACCAGUGUCAGGACUGCAAGAAGGUGUUCCGGGGCAGCUUAGACCUCCUGGAGCACCGGCAGGCGCACGCGUGCCGGAAGGCCCGCAGCAAAAGCGAUGA